CCAUCAGUUACUCCCCUCUCCCUUGUUAUAUCUCACCUUGACUAUUGUAACUCCCUCCUCAUUGGCUGAUCUGAUCGCAGGCUAUCAACUCUUCAGUCUUUCAUGAAUGCUGCUCCCAGAUUCAUCCACCUUACUAACCAUUCUGUAUCUGCCACCCCUCUCUGCCAAUCCCUCCACUGGCCAUUCACCCCCACCCCUCUCUGCCAAUCCCUCCACUGGCCUCCACUCAGUGUCCUUCCACCCCUCUCUGCCAAUCCCUCCACUGGCCUCCACUCAGUGUCCUCCACCCCUCUCUGCCAAUCCCUCCACUGGCCUCCACUCAGUGUCCUCCACCCCUCUCUGCCAAUCCCUCCACUGGCCUCCACUCAGUGUCCUCCACCCCUCUCU